CUAGGUUGAAAAAGUAGUCCGCAAAUCAACUUCCUCCGGUUUAUUCCUAGAGAACGAUUUUUCAACCUAGAGGAGAAACUACAUAUUAAAGGCGUAUUCUGGAAGGACUAUCGGGGAUCAGCCCCCCCGAUCACUGAAAUAUCUUAAAUAGCUGAGUACGCCUCUGGUUCAUAUCCUUAAUAUAGCUUUAUUUUCCCAAAAUCUCAAAUUAUUAUCAUAUUUUCAGAGGGAACUGAGACGUAUAAAAUGUUUAACCUACUGGGUUUCUAUGCAUAUUAGUAAGCACAGAAUGCUGAACAUCUAGGUCUUAAUGAGGCGGAGUAGUAAACCUAAACCUAUAUCCUGUCCUCCUCCCGGAUCCAUCCUAGUUCCAGCGGAUAGUCCAUUAGCAGCUGAAAGACUGGCGGAAUAUCAAAGAGACUCCCCCGUCCCUCCCAGUCCCGAGACGGAUUCCGGCUCCGAGAGUCUCAAGUUAUCCUGUCAACCUCUGAUAUCUCUAAGUACAGGGAUGCCUGAAGCCUCCACCAACGCGGAGACCCUGUCCUCCUUGACCUCCAGUUUCAAGGAUAAGAUGAAGAUGGACAAGGUUCGGAGUGUGGGUGGGAGCAGCACUCACAGUGUAAAGCAAGCUCAGGACCUGGAUCAGAAGAAAGUAACUGUCCAGGUCGGAGACAGAUACAAGGGUACAGGGCAGAGUAGCAGGAGAAGGUUACAAGCAGCAAACCUUGAUAUUACCAGAGCGUUCCAAACCUGUCGGGAGGAGGGAACUACGAGAUUAGAUCUUAGUAAAUCUAAUAUAUCUAAUAUUCCUACAUCAGUCAAGGAUCUAACUCAUUUAACAGAGCUUUAUCUUUACUCUAACAGGUGAUAAUAGUUGUAUCCACUGUCC